AUGGAACUCGUGGACACCUCGCGGAACGACACUUAUGCUACCAAACCGGAACCUCGACGUAUCAUGGUCUCUGCCUACUAUCCAGCCGCUGCUUCGAAGAAAUGCCAGCCCGUCAUGCUCUCAUACAUGCCUCCUGCCACCGCAGCUGUCUACGACAAGAUCUACGCACCCAUCGGGAUACCCAACGGCACAUUCGCCUCCUUCGAACUUUCCACUUGUGCUUUCAACCGCAGAGAUCGCAGUCGCGGUCCUAACAACUUCCCUAUCGUCAUUUUCUCGCCUGGUCUGGGCAAUUCCCGUCUUUUGUAUGGUGCAAUGGCUCAAUCUCUGGCUAGUCAUGGUUACGUGGUUAUUACCAUUGAUCACGCCUAUGAUGCGAAUAUCGUCGAAUAUCCCGACAAGUCUAUUGCACUUGCAGUCGAUAUUUCAACUACUGAGCAGAUUACAGCAGACGUGCUUGUUCGCCAACACGAUAUUUCUUUCCUGAUUGACCAGUUGCACAAUUGCUCCAUCAGGAACCAACUCUUCCACGAUAUCGCAAGCAUGAGGUCUUUGGACAGAAUCCUUAUGAUGGGACAUUCUCUGGGCGGUGCCACAGCUGCAGCUGCAAUGCUUGCUGAUCAGCGUAUAGUCGCUGCUGUCAACCUUGAUGGAACUAUGUUCGGCGAUGUCUUAAAUGAUGGCUUGUCUUCUCCAUUCAUGAUCAUGAGCCAUGCGGGCAAGAAUCUGAGUACUGAUGCUUCUUGGAACAAAGUCUGGCCCAAAGUCACGGGCACAAAGGUUGCUGUUACGCUUAAUGGCACUGUGCAUGGUUCUUACUCUGAUCUGUCUUUGUUGGCUAGUACUCUGGGAUUAGAGACAAAGGACGAUGCAAAGAUUGGAGAGCUGCUGGGUACGAUGAAUGGAAAGACAGCCAUCGAGAAUGUUAAUGGUUUUGUUGGACAGUUCUUUGAGUUUGCGAGAGGACUGUCGAAGGAUUUGCUACCGAGAGAUAUGCCUGAGAAAUUUCCCGAGGCAAGAGUGCUGGACAAACAUGUUCAUAAGUAG